CACACUCACAACAACGCUUCACACGUAAAGUCAAGCUUCAAUUCAUCUCAGUUUUAUCACCAAACAUAUAAAACCGCCAAAAUGGUCAAGGCUGUCGCUGUCCUCCGUGGAGACUCUAACGUCAAGGGAACCGUCACCUUCGAGCAAGCCGACGAGAACUCGCAGACCACCGUCUCAUGGGACAUUACCGGCCACGAUGCCAACGCUGAGCGUGGCAUGCACGUCCACGCCUUCGGUGACAACACCAACGGCUGCACCUCUGCCGGACCUCACUUCAACCCUCACAACAAGACCCACGGUGCCCCCAGCGACGAGGAGCGCCACGUUGGUGACCUCGGUAACUUCAAGACCGACGGCCAGGGUAACGCAAAGGGAAGCGUUCAGGAUAAGCUGAUUAAGCUUAUUGGCUCUGAGAGCGUCAUUGGCCGCACCAUUGUUGUCCACGCCGGCACCGACGACCUCGGCAAGGGCGGACACGAGGAGUCCAAGAAGACUGGUAACGCUGGCGCCCGCCCUGCCUGCGGUGUCAUCGGUAUCUCCAACUAGAUACUUACAUCAGAUAUCGCGAUGGCCAAAGGCUACUGAGCAUGUCGCAGUAGUCUAGGCCUGAUGAUUGAACGGUCUAGUAAAAAGAAUACAGUGAUG